UUGCCAUCUCUGCUUGUUUCUUCAGUGAAGUGGACAGAGGUCUUUAGAAAGAAACCCGGCCACUCUUUUUCCUCGAGCAUUUUGCUGCCCAUUAGUGCAGUUAGCUCCUAUGUUGAAAGACUGAAGGGGACUUUUUUUUUUUUUUACAAGGAAUCCUUCUUUCCUCAAAAACAAUUUCCACCAACAUGACCUCUAAUUCCAAUUUAUCUAACAUGCGACGGCUUGUAGAACAACUGAAGCUUGAGGCCAGUGUGGAGAGAAUCAAGGUGUCCCAGGCGGCUGCAGAGCUCCAGCAGUACUGUCUGCAGAACGCAGGCAAAGACGCCCUGCUAGUCGGAGUCCCCGGAGGCAGCAACCCCUUCAGAGAACCACGCUCCUGUGCUGUAGUGUAAAGAGGACGAUGAAGUCAACACCACUGUGGCGAGGAAAUAUUUCAUGUUUAUUUACAUGAAAAGAAAAACACAAAAAAUUAGGUUUCAUGACAUAUUUUUUUAAGUAAUCUUUUAUUAAAUUGAUGUAUAAACAUUGAGAUUUGCUUUGAACUCAUUAAAGGGCAUUACAUAAACCU